AUGAGGCUACCAUCGUCGGGACCGGAGCCGAAUUAUACUGCUCUUGGGAAUUCAGACUCUGAGAGCCAAAGCGUCAAGGUCUCUGCACACACAAGCUUCGUCGCAAACUUGCGGGCUCGUCUGAGACCAUUUUUCUUGUGUCUUUCUGCCAUCGUGUCCCUUGGCUUCGUUGUUUGGGUCGUAUUGGCCCCGAUCGAAGAGCGCCCGGCCAAGCAGGCCGUCUGUACAAGCCCGCCCAUCCGGCGAGAAUGGAGAGCUCUCACCCUCGCAGAGAAGCAUGACUUUAUCCGCGCCAUUCAUUGUAUAAGCAAGACGCCAUCUGCGCGGGAUGGCAACCUGACGAUUUACGAUGAUAUCGCCGUGCUGCACGGAGGGAUCGGGUCUUGGUGCCACAGAUCGGCGUGUUUUCUGCCGUGGCACAGAAACAUACUGGCGGUUAUUGAGAAGAUACUCAAAGACCGCUGUCACUACCGGGGUUCGAUGCCAUACUGGGACUGGUCUCUCGACUGGAUGAAUCUGGCCAACUCAUCCAUCUGGGACCACGCCACGGGGUUCGGCGGCGACGGCGACAAGGACGGACCCGAGACGGUGGGCGAGGGCCGGUGCGUGACUGACGGGCCGUUUACAGAGUUGCGGCCGGUUAUUUACAACCACACGCGCAAGGUGCACUGCCUAUCACGAGGCUUCCGCGACGGCGACAUCAAGGGCCGCCUCUCUGGGGAGAAGUUCAGUCCCGAGAAUGUCGGGAGCAUCCUGCGGCUGGAAAACUACACCGACUUUCUGCAGCGGGUGGAAAGGGACCUGCACAACACGCUGCACACGUCCAUCAACGGAGACUUCAAGGCCAUGACUGCCGCGAACGACCCCCUCUUCUUCUUGCAUCACGCCAACCUGGAUCGUCUGUGGUGGCGGUGGCAGCGCGAAAACCCCAGCGUCAGGCUGUUUGAAUACUCGGGACGGCACAUGUAUAACUCGACGGGGCCUGCGAGCGAUGGCGAUGUCUUGAUGUACGGCGGGUUCACAAACGACCUGCCCGUCCGCGAGGUGAUGAGCACCGAGGGACGCCAGCUUUGCUACACAUACUAG